GCUUCCCGAGUCCCAUGUUUCAUUCCCGAUCCCAACGCAAGCUUCUUUUGUAAUUAUCGCCGUUAUGUUUUCCUGUGCGACUGUAGCCAUGCGCAGUGAGGCUGCCGAAAUAAAGCUGCUGGAUGCUUAUUGGUCCUGCUGCAAUCCAUGUGAUUUCCUGGGAUGUCUUUAUCAAUGUUUUUGGUGCACUGAGACAGGAUGAGGAGAAGCUGGCUGCUGACAACAUAAAAAUAUGGAGGCUUUGCUGUGAUCAGCAUGACGGCUUCAUCGCCAUCGAGUAGCAGCAUGGAUUCAUGGCCACAAAGGCGUGGCCUUCAGACUAUGAACCUGCGGUCAAUAUUCACAGCAGACCAGCAGAGAAUCCUUGAACGUUACUAUGAUAACGGUAUGACCAAUCAGAGCAAAGCUUGCUUCCAGCUAAUUCUGCAAUGUGCUCAGGAGGCCAAACUGGACUUCAGUGUUGUCCGGACAUGGGUUGGUAACAAAAGACGGAAAAUUGCCUCCAGAGUAGACCAGAAUGGAUGCAUGUCGCAUCCCUUACCUAGUCAUGGAAUGGCUGGGGGACUGCUGUCCAAUCACACAUUAGCUGGGGGAGCUCUACCCAAUCACGGGCUUUCAGCGGCAGCAUUGCUGCCUGCUGAAAUCACUGCUGCCCGCAACAUCCAGAACCGUGCUCACCUUCACCCUACAGCAUCCACUUUCCCCACUUUUUCGACAUCAUCUUGCUCUGCUUCCUCUCCUCCUCCUCUCAGCAGUGGGAAAAACAACAACAACAACAACAACAGUAAUGAUGUCAUACUGUCUGGUAUCUAUUCCCUCAACUCCAAUACUUGCUCACGACCAAAACACACCGCUUCCGUGCCCCAGUCAGAGUCUGAGAUCUCAGCGCUCCCUGCUUCAUCCCUGAUUGGCCAGACCCUGCAGAGCAGGACCAGCUCCAGUUCGUCACCUCUCCACUCCAAACUUAUGUCAGUCUCUCAAAAUCCACCAUUCACCUCUACCUCUGCAUCUCUAGUUUACGCUGCUGGAAGGGACAUGAAGGCAAGUCUGUCCCUCAGGGAUGUAGCAUUGACGGCAGGAGCUGGAGGGCUCGUUCCGAGCUGGUCUCGACCGUUUGGUAUUGCACAGACUCGUCCAUGGUCAUCCUCUGUUCAGUCCCAAGCUCAGCUUCAACCCAGCUCGUGCACCAAUACCCAACCACCACCACCUCUUCCACAAAAGACUCUGCUCUCCCUCCCACUCAAAAAAACUGGCCCGACCUAUGAGCAGACACCAUGUAUCCGAAAGGUGUUUACCUUAGCAGACAGAGGUGAAAGCAGCAGAAGUAAGCCCGGAUUUGGUGGUACUCUGAAAGGCCAGGAGAUGGAGAGGCCAGUUUCACACACUUUGGAUAUGAGUCAUAACUUCUCUAUUGCCAUGGAAACCGCAGAUGAGGAAAAUGAGUGGCAAAGGGAAGAAGAACUUGCGAAUAUGGCUGCUCAGAAUAACACCAGUCAGGAGCAGACGUCCUUAGUCAAAGGAAACCAGUCAUUGACCCCGGCCAUCUCCAAAAACCUUGUUCACAACAACUCAUCUUAUCAAGGAAACUGCUUGCUCGCACAGACCUCGCUUUCUGGGGAGGCGAGUUUACAGACUUCAGACAGUGCUGCCCCUUGGGUUAUCAGCAACUCCAGAAAGAGAACCUUGCAGGAUCGGACACAAUUCAGUGACGGGGAUCUCAUUCAGCUGAAGCGCUACUGGGAAAGGGGAAUGACCAGUCUGGGCUCAGUGUGCAGGGAAAAGAUUGCUGCUGCAGCAAACCAACUUAAUGUAGACCCUGAAAUAGUCAAGACAUGGAUCAGCAACAGACGAAGAAAGUACCGUCUGAUAAAUAUUGAAAUACCACCACCUAGAGGCGGGCCUGCUGUUUUCACAAGCUUGAGCUCCCCACGGAAUGAAUCUCCAGUGGUGUUCAGCCCGAACGAGGAUCAACUCAGAACACCUGAACUUGGUGAUGACUUAAAUGACAGCCUUGGCCUCUCUGAAGAUAGCAACAUUGACACAGUCCAUAGGGAAGAAGAUGAAGCAGAUGUGACCAUUGCUGCACCACUGGCCAAUAAUGUGAAGGUCGAAGUAGUUGAUGAGGAUGAAGAGGACGAUUAUGAUGAGGGUGACAUAGUGGCUUCAGAUCUAGAGCAAAUGCAAAGCUUGCUAGAAUUCAAGCACGAGGAAGUGCAGUUUUUAGAGAAUGAGCUAGAGAACCAAAAACAAAAAUACCAGGACCUUGCAACCUUCACUAAGAGGCUGCUCAUCGCUGUCAGAAAUAAUGAUGUGGAGAAACAGCUGGAACUCAUAGCCAGUCUACCUCAGGCUUCGGAGCAGGUCAGGGACAUGACCAUGGACAGAGGAGCUCUGCCUGAUGUUGUGUCGGAAGACAAGUCUUCCAACUACAACAUAACCUUGACAACCAAUGCAACAGGCUGUGUUGAACCUGCGAUCGAAGAAAUCCCCCUGGUCCACAUUGAAGAAGACGUUUCCUUUAAAGUUACUGAGCCCUCUGUAUCAGAGGAGCAAAUGAAAGACGUACAAGAACAAGUUUGACUAUUUCAUCUACUUAUUUUAAACCGAGGUUACUCGCUAUUCAUUGUCACAAACAUGCUCGGCGCUCAGUGCCUGUGGAUUGAAGCUUCACUACCUUUGGGCUAACAAUUCAUUUUUUAUUGCAAUAUUAUUUGUCUUGCUGUGGUUCAUUCUGAAGAAUAUAUAAAAUAAGAACCUAAUCCAACUUAUUUGUGACUAUUUAUGCAUUUAUACUACUCACAAAAAGUAAAAAAUAUCGUGCUUUUGGGAGAAAUUUCAGAAUGAACCUAAAAUUAACAGAGAAAGGUGAACGAGGUAUCCAACACUGUGUGCAAGCUCACGCCUAAAUCCAUGAACCUUAAUAUUUAACGCUUUGUUUAACAUGACUAGACAACAUUGUAACAUCAUGUAUAAUAUGUCCGAAGAGGAAAAUCAUUACUUUAAGGGCUGGACCGGGCAGACCAACCCCGUAACUAAAUGGCUUGAGGAAUGACUUUUACCAACAUACACUAACCACCCGGAAUCUCACGCUCAUCUGGGGCAAGGCAGAAAUUUACACUACAAAGCUGGGUCAAUCACAUCUUUGUCUAGCCAACUCGACUUCAGCUGUCAGUGGGUGAGGAUUACAACAUACUUUUACACAGAUGCACCUGCUGGCAUCUUAAUUUUAUCUUGUAUCAGUGAAUAUUCUCAUUCAUGCAGGUUAUUGAAUUCUCAGGGCAUUCAAUUGAUUGCAACCGGACUCUUCAGAUUGUCUUAGAAGACAUUUCGCUUUCCAUCGGUUCACGUUCAUACUGAGAAUUAGAUGGGACGGAUAUAGUCAUCAUUUUUUUACAUCAAGUGCCCGCUUAUUAGUUUAUCAACAGUACACCUCUCCAUUGCAAUACCUUGCACAAGAUGCUCUCAAAAGGAAGAGGCCACAACAGAGAGACUGGAAAAGUAAUAAAGGCAUACUCCAUGGUCAUUUCUGUCAAAAUGUAUGGUCCUUGAUGAAUGGAUCAUGCACCUUUUGUAAAUUUUGCCGAUUAACUCCUUGUUAGGGAGAAGCGAAUUGUGUAAAAAGUCAUGAGAUGUUGAACUAUUGUCGGAUGGAGGUUAGCCAGUCUGGCUGUGCAGAUGUACAAUGGUAAACCUCAUCUCCCGAAGCCUUCAGAGUUUGUAGGAGAAUUCGAGUUGACACUUUUGUGAUUUUAGCGCAAUGUCUAGCGUGCUUUCUCUCGCUCUCAUUGAGCCCAGUGCAGAAACGAAGAGCUGUACCUGGCGGGUUACAGUAGUGCCGUGACCCGGAUCAGAGUGAGGUGUGUGUGAAACGGUGGCCACCCAGUGUGGCUGUGCAAGUGUAUGUUGGUAAACCUAACUUCCUGUAGUCUCAGGAAUUUGCGCUAGCCAUUGAGUUGCCAGCUCAAGCUUUCAGCUGGAUGCUGGGAGCUCUCUUACUCUCAUUCGGAGGAUUCAGGUUCAAGCCCUGCCUGGCGGAACGUUAGCAGGGGCUGAACCAGGUGGGUUGCAGUUGAACAUGGGACUUCAACAGCUUCGAGAAGGUCAAUAAAUGCUACUGAUCAGCAAUUUUGCAUGGCUAUUUCAACACUUCCACAUUCAGUUCCGAAAUAUAUAACUAAGACGCAAGUAACAAUCAAACAGCAAUUGUGUAAAAUAUACAAACCCCGUUUCUAUAUGAUUUGCAAAUCCUUUUCAACCUAUAUUCAAUUGAAUGCACUAUGGUGCAUUCACAGAUGUGUAAGUUACCCAUGCCUUGGGCACUAAUGCACCCCCAUUCAAUCACAGAUGCUGGCUUUUGAACUUUGCGUCGAUAACAGUCUGGAUGGUUCGCUUCCCCUUUGGUCCGGAUGACACGAUGUCGAAUAUUUCCAUAAACAAUUUGAAAUGUGGACUCUUCAGACAACAGAACACUUUUCCACUUUUCCACUUUGCGUCAGCCCAUCUUACAUGAUCUCGGGCCCAGAGAAGCCGGCGGCGUUUCUGAAUGUUGUUGAUAAAUGGCUUUCGCUUGAGCUUUAACUUGCACUUACAGAUGUACCGACAAACGUAUUUAAUGUCAGUAGUGUUCUGAAGUGUUCCUGAGCCCAUGUGGUGAUAUCCUUUAGAGAUUGAUGUCGGUUUUUGAUAAAGUGCCGUCUGAGGGAUCGAAGGUAACAGUUGGUUUCCGGCCAUGACGCUUACGUGGAGUGAUUUCUCCAGAUUCUCUGAUCCUUUUGAUGAUAUAGACCGUAGAUGUUGAAAUCCCUAAAUUUCUUGCAAUUUCACUUCGAGAAACUUUGUUCCUAAACUGUUUGACUAUUUGCUCACGCAGUUGUGGACAAAGGGGUGGACUUCGCCCCAUUCUUUCUUGUGAAAGACAGCAUUUUUUGGAAAGCUUUUUUUAUACCCAAUCAUGGCACCCACCUGCACACCUGUGGGAUGUUCCAAAUAAGUGUUUGAUGAGCAUUCCUCAACUUUAUCAUUAUUUAUUGCCACCUUUCCCAACUUCUUUGUCACAUAUUGCUGGCAUCAAAUUCUAAAGUUAAUGAUUAUUUUGCAAAAAAAAAUAUUUUGAAUGGAAUAGAAAGUACUUAAUUGAUCCCUGGGGGAAAUUCAGCACCACAGUUCGUUCACAAUAAAUAAUAAUAAUAAAUAAUAUAUACCAUAUAUUAUACAUAUACUAUCAGUUUGAACAUCAAAUAUGUUGUCUUUGUAGCAUAUUCAACUGAAUAUGGGUUGAAAAUGAUUUGCAAAUCAUUGUAUUCCGUUUAUAUUUAUAUCUAACACAAUUUCCCAACUCAUAUGGAAACAGGGUUUGUAAAAUACUUCAAGUAUAAACCCUUUGUAGGGACCAACAUAACUAAAAUGGGACAUUCAGGCUUCAUGGCAAAGACUGCUUUCCAGCUAGGCAACACUCCGUGGUCCAUACUGCCAUUUUAUGUCUUGGAAUUGCAACUGCAUGCAAAUGAGACUCAGAAAUAACAAGACAGUUAUGAUAAUUGGCUAAUUUUAAAAUGCUAUAGGGGAAUAUUUUAGAAUAUAUUAUUACACAAACAAACAUUUAUCAACACACACAACAGUACCAGUAAUUGGUACCUUUGAUGAUUCCGGGAAUUGGUACCCUAUGGCAGUGGUCCCAACCUUUUUUGCACCACGAACCGGUUUCAAUCAAUUAACCAAUGUUUAUUUAUAUAACCCUAAAUCACAAGUGUCUCAAAGGGCUGCACAAGCCACAACGACAUCCGCGGUACAAUUUAAUGUAGGCAUUUUUUUCAGGGACCAACUUUUCCACUUGCAAAAUAGGUGCAUGAAAAAUACAAUUCACGAUAACGCUGAAUUAGUGGGACCCCUUGGCUUGUUUCUUUGCAAUGAGGCACAGAUGAAAAUCAGCCAUUGGCCAAAAUCUGUCAAAUUUAUUUUCUACAUGUUCAUUAAUGUAUCAUGUCACACAGUUAUAACAAAUAUAACAAAUGGCAAUUU